CUCUCUCUGCUCUCUGUGAGUCUCAAAGUCUCAAGAGUCUCAACUACACAAUUGACAUCUCUCCUCAAAUCUCUCAAAGUCCCAACUCCCAACCCAGCAUUUGUUCUCUUUCCCACUUCGGUGUUCUAUGCUUUUACUCUGUACUCUUCUCAGUUUCUCAGACAUACUAUUAUCAAUAUUUUUUCUCAUUUAAAACCAUUAUUGAACGUUAAUCUUCUUGGUGGGUUUCUCUGACCAAAGGACAGUGAUCAGUACUGUAUUCAUGGAGCUUUGAAGAUAACGAAUAGCUAAUCUUGUGAAGAGGAAUCAGACUCAUUAAAGGACCAGAGAUCGUGAGCUUGGGCUCCCCCAGUAUCUUGAUUUCUCGACCUGACUGAGUUUCAGUAAAGUCUCAUCACAAGGUCCUCAAUUAUGAGGAGAUUGGUUUGCUGUAGAUGGCAUAGAGGGCUCAGCUUCGACUUUGAUGAGCAAGACAGGGGGGGGGUUCUCUUUGCGAGGAGAAAGUGAAAUGUGGGACCCAAAGAGGAUAGAUGAUGAAGCAGAGUUCUCAUGGUUCUAAUUAAACUGCUAUUUCAAUUUGGAACCGCACGGCUCAGUAGUCUUUAUACUGUAUUGCUAUCACACUCUAUAAGUGAGGGAGACAGAGGGAUAGUAACAUACAAUGGUCUUGAGAGCCGCAUUCUCAAUAGCUGUACUUAUGACAAUGAAAGUGGCACAAGUAGAGGAGAUGGUUGCCCAACCGACUCAUUAGAUGAAGAUGCCUCUAGUUGUUCUUCUAGCAAAGAUGCCUUCGGGUCAUUUUCCUCUCAGUGCCUGGUAAACAAGCCAAAUGAGCACGGUCCAAAUGAAUGGGAGGAUGUCUCAAGCAUCCCACAACAUAUCUGUGCCAAAGAGAAACCCCCAGUUUACUCCAUCCAAUUUUCGGAUGUGGAGGCCAUGAAAGAAAGAUUUGCGAAGUUGUUGUUGGGUGAAGAUGUCACAGGAGGGAGAAAGGGCCUCAGCCCUGCAUUAGCAUUAUCAAAUGCAAUAACAAAUCUUGCAGCAUCAAUAUUUGGGGAGCUGUGGAAAUUAGAGCCACUGCCAGAAGAAAGGAAGAGCAGAUGGCGAAGAGAAAUGGAUUGGUUGCUUUCCCCCACUCAUUACAUGGUUGAACUGGUUCCUGCAAAGCAAAAUGGUGCUGAUGGUGGUAUCUUGGAGAUAAUGAUCCCAAAAGCUCGUCCUGACGUCCACGUGAAUCUUCCUGCACUUCAAAAGCUAGACUCCAUGCUCAUUGAAUUACUAGAUUCAAUGGUGAAUACAGAAUUCUGGUAUGCUGAAGGAGGUAGUAGAGCAGAAGGAAGGAGUAGUAGUGAGAGGCAGAGUAGGAGAUGGUGGCUUCCAUCUCCCCGUGUUCCAAUGACUGGGCUGUCAGUAACUGGAAGGAAGAAGUUGAUAUAUCAGGGGAAGGUGGUGGAGCAAAUGUUUAAGGCCACAAAAUCAAUUAAUGAAAAUGUUUUGCUUGAGAUGCCUGUUCCAACUUUCAUCAAAGAUGCACUUCCUAAGUCUGGCAGGGCAAGCCUUGGUGAAGAACUCUAUAAGAUCUUGACUGCAGAUUUGAGCUCUGUUGAGGAAACGUUUGAUUCUCUCAAUUUGGAAAGUGAACAUGCCAUCCUUGAGACUGUGAACAGGUUGGAGACUGCCGUGUUUGCUUGGAAACAGAAAAUUUCUGGCCACAUAAGUGGUAAAUCUCCAGUUCGAAAUUCAUGGUCCUUUGUGAGGGACCCCAUCUCUGAGCUAGAUAAGAUAGAGAACCUGAUGGAGAGAGCUGAAGGCCUUCUGCAGCUUCUGAAGAUCAAAUUUCCAAACCUUCCUCAAACCUUUCUUGAUGUUACCAAGGUCCAGUACAACAAGGAUGUUGGGCAUUCGAUUCUGGAAGCUUAUUCAAGAGUUCUGGGAAGCUUGGCAUUUAGCAUCCUCUGUAGGAUCAAAGAUAUCUUGCAGGAAGAUCUCUUGAGCAAUCCAAACUCUCCAGUCACAUGCUGCUUUCCUGGAAUUAAUCUCAGUGGAAACUAUGAUACUCAAAUUGCAAAGGAUUCGGUUCGUCACUCACUUAUUGAUCAGAUGAACAGGGUGGAUGGACAAUUCCGAGGUAUCAAUGGAAGCAAGGUUCAUGAUGCCGAAUUCUCCGACAACGAAGUUAAACCAAAUUUGCUGAUUGCUACACCCUGUAGAAGCCGAGUUUGGUGCAUUGGUAGAAAAGCAUGUAGCAGUUUGUCUGCACCGAAUUCCCCAUGAUAAUGAAAUAGACUAUCCGAAAGUCCCUUUUUUUCGGGUAAAAGAAAUAUAUAAUGUCAGUGUAAUACAACAGUAUUCCCAUUUAAGGUCAUUUCUCUGAAGGAAGUUUAAUCAAUAUCAGUUAAUUUCUACAAA